CACGAGUCAGACGGGAUCGUGACGUAAAGCUCGUGACGUUUCUAGACUGAGCUGACAGUCGUCUUUAGCUUGAUCAACAGACAGCAUUAGGCUCUUUUAAACAUGGCCUUGAAUCGAAAUCAUUCCCCAAAUGGCGGAGCGUUGAUAAACAACGGAGAAAGUGUUGUAAGACAGUGUAAGAAUGUGGAGCUGUCAUUCAGUGAUGUCACCAGCAAGACUGACAUACUUAAGGGGACCAAAAAGGGCACCAUUUACCUGACUCCAUACAGGUUGGUGUUUGUCUCCAACAAUCCCAAGGAUUGUCUGGGUUCAGCUAUGUUCCCCUACUACCUGAUGAAGGGCUGCAGCCUUGAGCAGCCGGUCUUUGGAGCCAACUACAUUAAAGGCACAGUCAGGGCUGAGCCUGGAGGUUACUGGGAGGGUCAGGCUAAUUUCAAGAUGUCCUUCCCCAGUGGAGGAGCCAUUGAGGUGGGGCAGCAUCUCUUCAAAUUGGCUACAAACGCUUCUCAAGCUCCUCCAGCUCAGAAUGGCGCCGCCUCUUACGGAUACCCUGCCCCUGGAAUGAUGAAUGGAUAUGGCCCACCUCCACCUGCUCCUAAUGGCUAUCCUUACCCGCCCCCACCCCAGCAGAAUGGGUUCUACCAAGGCCCCCCUGUUGUUCCUGGCAAUGUGGGAUACUCUUAUGCACCAGCUGCUGGAGGAAUGUAUCCAGCUGGUUUUGACUACAUGGCCCCACCUCCCCCCUACCCUGGACCACCCCCAAACUGGACUCCACCUGGUCAGGACUGGGCAGCACCACCUCCUGUUGCAGGUAACCCAAAGGCAGCCGAGGCAGCCGGCAGCGCCUACUAUAACCCCAACAACCCACACAGCGUGUACAUGCCUACGGAAAGGCCUCCACCCUAUGCUCCUCACCCAGACUCCGAGAAGAAAAGUAACUGAGGCUGCAGCGCCGCCACUUCAGCAACACUCCUCAUGCUCCUGAAUCAAAAUCCAAAGCAAGUUUAAAGGUGCAGAUCUUCUCGGCUGCACAGAAAGGCCUACGUUGGAGCGUUUGUGACACCUCUCCAUAUACUCACUCGUUAUUAUUAUUGGAUUUUCCUGUAAGACAAAGCCCUCUUUUUAAUAUCUUCAUUUUAAAAGGAAUUAAAGCUUGUUUUCUUUUCCAAAAAUCCAUAUUCUCAGAAAUGAGUUAAUUUAGUCUGAUUUUGUGACCUUUGACCUGCUUCUGUUACAAAUUGGAAAGGAGCGUUCUUGUUUCCAGUGUGUUUAGUCAAAGAUGGAUCUUUUCAAACAUUUGGUUGCAGUAAAUUUAUAACUUUAAUGGAUGUUCUUAUAGUAUUGGCACUUUGUGGGGAUUUUUCCUUCUGGUUUCAGAGUCACUGCAAGUACAACACAACUGGGGUGGGGGUGGGUGUGGGGGGUCCAGGCUUAAAUUUCAGACUUUAAUAACCUCAGUUAGAAAAGGCAUUCUGUUUUCUUCAAAUCCUUAUGAAAUAACUCAGAACGCCUCUGUUUGUGGAAGAGUUGGUGCAAUUUUGGAUCCCGGCUGAAGCGGCUUCAGAAAUCCCAGUAGAAGUGUGUGUGUGUGUGUGUGUGGGGGUGUGUGUGUGUGUGUGUGUGUGGGGGGUCUCAUCUAUGGUGUUAAAAAAUAAAAAAAUAGGUUUCCAGAAAACAGUUUAGUGCAAUAACUAAUGCUGAAGUUUUACAUCUGUGUGGAUCAGUGACUGCCGGCUUGAUGGACAAUUCACACAAAUGUUCUAGAAAGAUGAAGGGAGGCGGGGUUUACUUGGUUUAAUCAGAUGUCUUUAUAUUAAUAUCUCUUUUGAAGUUCUUAUUCUUCUUGCUAAUAUUUGUCAAUAAAGUUCUAAUAAACUAUUAA